AUGAAGGCUUACUGGUUCGACAACCUUCCGGGCGACCAGCGCGAGCCCCAUGACUCGGGCCGCGAGGUGCCGGCCGACUACCUCGAGGCGCUGGGCAUCCGCUACUUCCACUACCCGGACCUGGACGCCGUCAACGCGCUGGCGGCCGAGCGCAACUACAAGAACCGCGACGAGGUGACCAUCUCGCCGACGACGCUGCCCGAGUACGAGACCAAGGUCAAGAACUUCUUCGCCGAGCACCUGCACGAGGACGAGGAGAUCCGCUACAUCCUGGAUGGCGCCGGCUACUUCGACGUCCGCAGCGACGGCGACGAGUGGGUGCGCAUCAGGCUCGAGAAGUACGACUUGAUGAUCAUGCCCGCCGGCAUCUAUCACCGCUUCACGACCGACGAGAAGAACUACACCAAGGCUAUGCGCCUCUUCCAGGACGAGCCCAAGUGGACGCCGCUGAACCGCGGCGAGGAGACCGAUAAGAACAAGUUCAGGCAGGAUUACCUGAAGAACGUGAGCGGCGUCGCUGCCACUUCGGCAUGA